UAUGGAUCACAAUGCUUCUAAAUGAGCGUUGUGGUAUUGAUUGAUUCCCCCCCCUUGUGCGAGUUCCAGCUUAUGUCAUCGUAAACAGGCGACCGCCGGCCCAUUCGUUGGUUCCUUGUGUCGUCGGCCGCCCCCCCACGGUGCCUGAUGAAAAUUGCUUAAACACCCCGCUGGACUUGGACGGCAAAUCGACCAGCCGUGAGCACCAGCAAGCCGCACACUUUAACGUCUUCUGGUCGUAUCAUAUUGUUGCCUCGCCCAACAUGAGCGCGGCUCAGCCGAACGAAGCGGAGAAGAACAUCGAGAUAUGGAAGGUGAAGAAACUCAUCAAGCGGCUUGAGGCCGCUAGAGGAAACGGAACCUCCAUGAUCUCUCUUAUCAUUCCCCCCAAGGACCAGAUUUCUAGAGCAGCAAAGAUGUUGGCGGAAGAGUUUGGCACUGCGUCCAAUAUCAAGUCUCGUGUCAACCGUCUUUCCGUCCUUUCCGCUAUCACUUCGACACAGCAACGUCUCAAGCUCUACAAUAAGGUGCCUCCGAACGGUCUAGUGGUUUAUUGCGGUGAAAUUAUCACCUCUGAAGGAAAGGAGCGCAAGAUCAACAUCGAUUUCGAGCCUUUCAAGCCAAUCAACACCUCGUUGUAUCUCUGUGACAACAAGUUCCACACUGAGGCUCUCAGUGAACUUCUUGAAUCCGAUCAGAAGUUUGGUUUCAUCGUCAUGGAUGGAAACGGUGCUCUGUUCGGUACCCUGAGCGGCAACACCAGAGAAAUUCUACAGAAGUUGAGCGUUGAUCUGCCCAAAAAGCACGGCCGUGGUGGUCAAUCAGCAUUGCGUUUCGCUCGUCUUCGUGAAGAGAAGCGCCACAACUACGUACGCAAGAUUGCUGAGUUGGCUGUUCAGAACUACAUCACCAACGACAAGGUCAAUGUUGCAGGAUUGAUCUUGGCCGGUUCUGCCGAUUUCAAGAACGACUUGAACCAGUCCGAUAUGUUCGACCAGAGAUUGCAGGCUAAGGUUAUCAAGGUUGUCGACGUCUCUUAUGGUGGCGAGAACGGUUUUAACCAGGCUAUCGAACUGGCAUCUGAGACCUUGAGCAACGUUAAAUUCGUUCAGGAGAAGAAGCUUAUCGGAAAGUACUUCGAAGAAAUCAGUCAGGAUACUGGAAAGGUCUGCUAUGGUAUUGACGAUACAUUGAAGGCUUUGGAGCUUGGUGCGGCCGAGACACUGAUCGUUUAUGAGAACCUUGACGUCACUCGGCACGUUCUCAAGAGCUCCAGCGGUUCGGACGUCGUUAUCCACACUACCAAGUCACAGGAAGAGAAUCGGGAACUCUUCAUGGACAAGGAGACAGGCACUGAGAUGGAAGUUAGCGAGCAGCAGUCGUUCCUUGAGUGGCUUGCUGAAAGCUACAAGGACUUUGGAGCAACCCUGGAGUUCGUUUCCGACAAGUCCAGUGAAGGAAACCAGUUUGUUAAGGGUUUCGGUGGUAUCGGAGCCAUCCUUCGGUACAAGGUCAACUUUGAACAGCUUGCUGACUACGAUGACGAGGAUGAAUUCUACGACGAUUGACGGUUCCGCGGCCUCGCAGAGAGCGAGGAUGAACGGCCAGAAGUUUCCAGUUCGGACCUUCUGACGGCUCGCCCCGUGAUUCGUGAUGGCGGCUCUCCCGGCAACAUGGCCGCAAUGGUACACACCGUGCCGUUGCCCAGUCAAUAUCCUAUGAAGCUGCUUAGAA